AUGCCCAAUGAUGGCCAUUUCCACAAAUCGAUUUACACCGGGACGCCUGAUGUUGAGACUGGGGACGACGAGAAAAUUCAUUCAGAAGACCAAAAGGAAGAUUGGGAGGAUGAUCCGCGAAAUCCAUACAACUGGCCGACGAAAUCAAAAGUUCUCCAGGUUUUGAUGAUGGCAUCUGCUGCGUUCACAACCUCUGUCGGAGUUUCAAUUUUAUCGCCAGCUCAUACCCAGUUUAUGCAAGAGUUUGGAGUGGGUAGUACAGCGGCCAUAUUACCUCUGUCCCUCUAUGUUUUUGCAUUGGGACUCGGCCCUGUUGUUGGUGGACCUCUAUCCGAAACGGUCGGGAGAUAUCCUGUAUAUAUAGGAACUGUCGUUCUUGGAAGCCUUUUCACUUUGGGAGCUGGUUUCAGCCAUACAUUUGCAGGAGUUUGCGUUCUCCGUUUUCUGGCGGGUUUUUGCUUCGCGCCGUCGCUGGCUAUCGCUGGUGGGACGAUCAACGAAACAUUUAAGCCGGUGAAACGCGCACUUCCAUCUACAAUUUUCAUUUUGACUCCAUUUUUAGGUCCCGGUCUUGGACCGGUUAUCGGUAGCUUUAUUGUGAAUCGCAAGGGCUGGAGGUGGACGCAAUGGACAAUGAUUUUCUUCGGAAUUUUCACGAUUUUCACAAGUAUCUUUGCAAAAGAAACUUUCCAUCCGGCUAUCAAGCGUCGAAUCGCUAAAGAACAUGGUCAAGCCUUGCCCGCAUCGCCGCCCUUGGCAUCUAAACUCCGAUUGUUCGUGACAAUUGCCCUUCUUCGUCCGAUUCAAAUGUUACUCAGUGAGCCUAUCGUCGCGUUCGUAUGUCUAUAUGUUGCUUGCGAAUUUGCUACACUCUUCUCAUUCUUCGCCGCCUUCCCGCUUGUUUUCCAAGGGGUAUAUGGCUUCGGGAUCGAGGACUCUGGUCUUGUGUUUCUUUCUAUAGUAGUCGGCUGUCUGCUUGGGGCACUCACCGUACUACUCUCCGACAUAUUUCUGUACCGCCCCCAAGCGUCCAAAUUUCCUGGUCGCAACAUCCCUCCAGAGCAUCGCCUCUAUCCUGCCAUGAUUGGGAGUAUUGGCCUCCCAAUCGGGUUAUUCUGGUUCGGGUGGACAUCUAGGACAGAUAUAUCCUGGGCCAGCCCAGUCGUUGCCGUUAUGGUAUUUGCAUGGGGAAACCUGUGUGUGUUCGUGAGCACCACGCAGUAUAUUGUCGACACCUACCAUGGCUUAACUGUUGCCAGUGCCAUGAGCGCGAACAGUUUAGCUCGCUAUGGUCUUGCGGCCGCAUUUCCCCUUUUUACAAUUCAGAUGUAUACCAAGCUGGGUAUCGGAUGGGCUUCGAGCCUUCUUGGUUUUAUUUCCGUUGCUCUAUUGCCCGUUCCGUGGCUGUUCUUUUUCGAAGGGGAAAAUGCUGAGGGGGUUGAGUAA